AGAUUGUAUUUAUAUUGGCCGAAACAGAGGAAGAGGAUUAAACAAGUAUAUAACCAAGUACGUAAAAACUAAUUUCAUCAGAGAACACAGAACAAUGACAUCUGAUUCAGCGUCAUUUAGAGAGGAACGGGACACAUUUGGACCCAUAAAUGUUCCUUCAGACAAGUUAUGGGGAGCGCAGACUCAAAGAUCCUUGCAGAAUUUCGAUAUAGGAGGCGAGCGUGAACGAAUGCCCGAGCCUAUUAUUCGGGCCUUUGGCGUCCUCAAAAAAUGUGCUGCCAAGGUGAACAUGGAGUAUGGUCUUGAUCAAUCUAUAGGGAAAGCUAUAAUGGAAGCUGCCGAAGAAGUGGCUGAGGGAAAGCUAAACCAACAUUUUCCACUUGUUGUUUGGCAAACUGGUAGUGGAACCCAAAGCAACAUGAAUGCCAAUGAGGUCAUUGCAAACAGAGCAGCUGAGAUACUUGGCCAUAAGCGCGGGGAGAAGUUGGUGCACCCAAAUGACCAUGUCAACAAAUCACAAUCUUCUAACGACACUUUCCCAACUGUCAUGCACAUUGCAGCAGCAAUGGAACUAAAUUCAAGACUGAUACCGAGUUUGAAAGUUUUACAUGCUGCUUUAGAUUCAAAGGCUAAUGAAUUCAAAGACAUUGUUAAAAUCGGACGUACUCACACGCAAGAUGCAACACCUUUGACUCUUGGGCAAGAGUUUAGCGGCUAUUCUACACAAGUGAAGUAUGGAAUCGAUCGAGUUUUGGGCACUCUUCCCCGAAUGUAUCAGCUUGCACAGGGCGGUACUGCUGUUGGGACUGGAUUGAACACGAAGAAGGGAUUUGAUGUAAAGAUAGCUGCAGCGGUAGCUGAGGAAACAAAGUUACCAUUUGUUACAGCAGAAAACAAGUUUGAAGCCUUGGCGGCCCAUGAUGCUUUUGUGGAAACUAGUGGAGCCCUAAAUACAGUUGGUACUUCUCUGAUGAAGAUUGCAAAUGACAUACGUUUCUUAGGAAGCGGUCCACGUUGUGGCCUUGGUGAACUUAAUCUUCCUGAAAACGAGCCUGGAAGCAGCAUUAUGCCUGGAAAGGUUAAUCCUACCCAGUGUGAGGCUCUCACAAUGGUCUGUGCUCAGGUUAUCGGUAAUCAUGUGGCCAUUACAGUUGGCGGAUCAAAUGGUCACUUUGAACUUAACGUAUUCAAACCGAUGAUGGCUAGUAAUCUUCUACAUUCUCUAAGGUUACUGGCUGAUGCAUCUGUCUCAUUUGAAAAGAACUGCGUGAAAGGAAUUCAAGCCAACAAGGAAAGAAUUUCGAAGCUACUUUAUGAGUCGCUAAUGCUGGUGACCUCCUUGAAUCCUAAAAUUGGUUAUGACAAUGCCGCAGCGGUUGCAAAGAAAGCCCACAAGGAGGGAUCAACUUUGAAGGAAGCUGCAAUGAAACUUGCUGUGCUAACUAGUGAAGAAUUUGAUAGUCUUGUGGUGCCUGAGAAGAUGAUUGGUCCAUCUGAUUAACUGACUUGUUAUCAUGAUCUGCUGGGGAGUAAGUGGUGCCACCGCACCCGGCUCCCCCUCCUAACGCUUCCAAAUUUUCCGGCCAAGCUGUGUACAUAUAUACCUACAAACCACUUUGAUUAAAGUUUUUUUUUUUUUAAAGGACCACUUUGAUGUAACAAUUUUUUUUGAUACAAAACUGAUGUAACAAUUACAAGGCUUAUUGCUGGCCCUGAGUCGUAUACAUGUUUCUAUCUACCCUUCUGAUGUAGGUAAUUAACUAAUUAUGCAUAUA